UGUCGCCGCGCGCCGCGGCCCAGAUGAGGACACUGAGGCCCAGAGACGGGGAGCGCCUGGCUUAGGACACUCAGCCUGGAAGGGCAGAGCAGGGACUCCGCAGCGAGACUGCUGACUCCACGCCUCGUGUUUGUGCCCAGAGCCCAGCUGCUUCCCAGGCCCUCUGGGACGGCCCUGCCUUCCACCAGCCAGGACCAUGGGUAGCAACAAGAGCAAGCCGAAGGACGCCAGCCAGCGGCGCCGCAGCCUGGAGCCGGCCGAGAGCACCCACGCGGCGGGCGGCGCCUUCCCCGCCUCGCAGACGCCCAGCAAGCCGGCCUCCGCCGACGGCCUCCGCGGCCCGGGCGCCGCCUUCGCCCCCGCGGCCGCCGAGCCCAAGCUCUUCGGGGGCUUCAACUCGUCGGACACCGUCACCUCCCCGCAGAGGGCGGGGCCCCUGGCCGGCGGAGUGACCACCUUUGUGGCCCUCUAUGACUACGAGUCACGGACAGAGACCGACCUGUCCUUCAAGAAAGGGGAGCGGCUCCAGAUUGUCAACAACACAGAGGGAGACUGGUGGCUGGCCCACUCGCUCAGCACGGGACAGACCGGCUACAUCCCCAGCAACUACGUGGCGCCUUCCGACUCCAUCCAGGCUGAGGAAUGGUAUUUUGGCAAGAUCACCAGGCGGGAGUCAGAGCGGCUGCUGCUCAACACGGAGAACCCAAGAGGGACCUUCCUGGUGCGAGAGAGCGAGACCACGAAAGGUGCCUACUGCCUCUCCGUGUCCGACUUUGACAACGCCAAGGGCCUCAACGUGAAGCACUACAAGAUCCGCAAGCUGGACAGCGGGGGCUUCUACAUCACCUCCCGCACCCAGUUCAACAGCCUGCAGCAGCUGGUGGCCUACUACUCCAAACAUGCAGACGGCCUGUGCCACCGCCUCACCACGGUGUGCCCCACGUCCAAGCCGCAGACCCAGGGCUUGGCCAAGGACGCCUGGGAGAUCCCCCGGGAGUCGCUGCGGCUGGAGGUCAAGCUGGGCCAGGGCUGCUUCGGGGAGGUGUGGAUGGGAACCUGGAACGGCACCACCAGGGUGGCCAUCAAGACCCUGAAGCCGGGCACCAUGUCCCCAGAGGCCUUCCUGCAGGAGGCCCAGGUCAUGAAGAAGCUGCGGCACGAGAAGCUGGUGCAGCUGUACGCCGUGGUGUCCGAGGAGCCCAUCUACAUCGUCACCGAGUACAUGAGCAAGGGGAGUUUGCUGGACUUCCUCAAGGGGGAGACGGGCAAGUACCUGCGCCUGCCACAGCUGGUGGACAUGGCCGCUCAGGUGAGUUGGCCGAUCCCGCCUCCCACAGCCGGGGCCCUACCUUCCAGCUCCCAGACCUGCCACGGCCACUCCAGCCUCCUGAGCGCCCCCUCUGGGAGGCCUGCCUGGAGUGCUGCACACUUUCCUCUCCCCACGUUGCUGGAACCACCCACAGGUGCAGCGAGUGGUGGUUCUAGACAGAGAACCUUACCUGGGCAUCAGGAACCACUGACUGACCAUGAGACCUCAGUUUCCUUCUCUGUUGCCGUCAUUUACGGAGAUGAGAAGGGGGCCUUGGGGGCAGAGUGCUCGCUGCAGCUCCCUGACCUUCUCCCGCCCACAGGGGCCAAAUUCCCCAUCAAGUGGACAGCUCCAGAAGCCGCCCUCUACGGCCGGUUCACCAUCAAGUCAGAUGUGUGGUCCUUUGGAAUCUUGCUGACGGAGCUCACGACAAAGGGACGAGUGCCCUACCCUGGGAUGGUGAAUCGCGAGGUGCUGGAUCAAGUCGAGCGGGGCUACCGGAUGCCCUGCCCGCCCGAGUGUCCCGAGUCCCUGCACGACCUCAUGUGCCAGUGCUGGCGGAAGGAGCCCGAGGAGCGGCCCACCUUUGAGUACCUGCAGGCCUUCCUGGAGGACUACUUCACGUCCACGGAGCCCCAGUACCAGCCCGGGGAGAACCUAUAGGAGCAGGCGGGCCAGACUGUUCUCGGCUCCAGCCCUGGGCGGCAGCCCGUGCGUGCGGGGCCUGGCCUCCUCUGCCGCCCACUGCUGCUCCUCCUGUGGGGCUGACGGCCAGGGUCAAGGCUGCUCUGUCUCUGGGGCCAUGGAAGGGCUUUGGGACGUGUGGUGCGCCCGUGAGGACGGGCCCAGAGCCGGCACAGUGACUGUCCCAGGGCCUGCCCUGGCCACCUGCCUCCUCUCCACUUUCCCUCCUCUGCCCGUCCCUGGAGGAGACGCAGGGGAGAAGGGCUGGGGCUGGGGCGCCGUCUUUCCAGCCUCAACCUGCCCGCUCACCUGGUUCUGUCCCUCCACUGAGGCCCCCGGCCCGUCCCCACAGCUGGCCAAAGAGCCUUUCCAAAGAGGAGCGGUGGCCCCGGCCCUCAGCCUCCCGCCGCCCGCCCCUCGCCAUCUCUUUCUGAAACGUGGGUGGAGGUUGCUGGCCCAGGGCCCCCUGCUCCAGCCCAGCGUGACCCAGCCCUGCCCCGUCCACCCCAGGGGCCCUUGGACAUCUUCAGUUCCCUUCUCCCAUCUUACCUGUGGGAAAGCAGAGUCCGAGAGGAUGUGACUUGCCCCAGAUGCCAGAGCACUUGAGGGAUGGUACCUGGUGCUCCCUCUGUCUUCCUCAGGAACCGAGAAUUGUCCUCAGAGGCAUUAGGGACAGACUAGAGCAGCCCAGGGGACAAGGGGCCAGGACGGGUUAGAGAUGGCAAAGGCCUGUCUGGGGGUGAGGAGAACGGAGGCGGAGGCCAGGCUGAGCCGGGAGGGAAGGAGCGGCCGCAGGGGAAGGUGUGGGGGCUUCCGUCAGCCCACAGGUGGUCUGGGUUCCUGGAGCCACCAGCCAUGACAGGGCAUUGCUCCUGGGUUCCAGAGGCAAGGGAGAGCUAAGGCUGAGGCUCUGGGCUGGCCUCCGGAGGGAACCCCGGGCCUCCUUCCCAGUUUGUCCUGAACAUUUCAACGUGGUACCCGCUCUCCUCCCAAGCUGGCACCCUGAACUCUCGAGUAGGGCGAGGAGUGCCUUGGCCAGGGUCGGAGAGGGCGGGCCCCGAGGGGCCGUGUGACCUCGGGCACCUGCUGCUGCUCUGAGCUGCAGAGUCUGCCCCUCGUGUGGCCUUGGUCUCUGCGGCUGCUCAGCCCUGUCCACCCCUGUGGCAGGGCACCUGUGGUGAGCCCGUUGGGAGACUUGGGGCCCUGGCUCUGCUGUUCAGGGUAUGUGGUGGCUUCUCUUCCAGCCUCAGUGUGCCCAUCUGUAAAGUGGGCAGCUGACGAUUUGUGGCAUCUUGCCAAGGGCCCCUGUGUAUGUGUGUGUGCACGUGUGUGUGUCUCCAUGUGUGUCCAUAUUUAACAUGUAAAAAAUGCCCCCUCUCUGUCCCCCGACACGUGGUCCAUUCCACCCACUGUCCCCAUCACAGCAAUAACGUCCCCGCUGCCAGGGGCUCUUGAGCCAGCCAGGCCCUGGCAGGGGGGAAGGAGGCACCUGCCUAGGAAAUCCCGACUUUUCCUUCUACACAUGUCCAUCUCCCAGGUCUCUUCCUGUGCAUCCCAGUCCAACCUGGGCCCGCCCACCCCUGCGCUCCCCAUCACUCCUCCGGCUGCCCAAGGCCCUUGGUAUAAGGCGUCCUCAUACUGUCCUAUUUUUUUUAAACAGUGUUUUGUAGAUUUCAGAUGACUAUGCAGAGGCCUCGGGGACCCCUGGCUCUGGGCAGGGCCUGGGGGUCCCACAUUCCAUGGCCCAGGCUUGGGGGGGCGGGGGGACCUAGAAUUGGUUGUAAAUACUUUGCAUAUUGUCUGAUUAAACACAAAGAGACCUCA